AUAAUCUUGUGUUAUGGCUAUUGUAGACUAGGCUUUAUUAUGUCAAUUCGGAAAUAAUUGUUUCGCUAACGACGAAAUCAUAUUUUUUUUUUUAUCGAUAUCGUAUCGUUAGCGCAAGUUAUAGAAUAGCUUUAUAAUUACAGUGUUAUUCGCGCGAGCGGUGAUCGUCGCUAGUAAGAAUAGCGACUGUCGUUGUACAAAGUUGGAGAAUAGUACUUCGAUAUUACUUAUAGUUCGGUGUAAUAAAUUUUGCCUUAUUUGCUAUUUAAAAUCUAAAUGAAUAUAAAGCACACGCAUGUUUGGGACUAAAUAAAUAUCCUAAACUUGAGAUGAAUAUCGCUGAAGAUGAAGAUGAUUUUUGGAAUAGCAGUGAAACACGGUCGUUCUGUUUCGAAAACGAGGUGGAUCAAUUGAAAAAUGAUACUGAAAAACUAUGGUCUGGAAUCUUUAGUAUAUCAAACCUUGACAGUAGCGACCUGCAAUCAACCACUGACUUUCAAAUUACAAAACCUUUGCUCUCAAUCAUAUCUGAAAAAACACUUUUAAGAAUUUUAGAUGCAGAUGACAAAUCACAGAACAGUUAUUCAAAAAAAAAUAAACAUCUUGAAAUGAUUGCUCAGCCAGAUAUCACUUUGAGACAAAUAUUGCUUGAUCAACCAUAUUCAUUAGAGCAAUAUAAGUCUCUUGCUAGUAAAACUGCUUUGUUAGAUGCUGCUAUCUUAAAUGGAGAUGGAAAUGCUAUUUUAAUAAUAACAUUAUUUCUUAUAAAGACUUUGAAACAAUCAUUGGUACAAAAAUUAUUAAUAGAAAGACCAGAUCCAGUGAAUAUAUAUAUACAUUAUCUUUAUAUAAGGUUGCAAACAAAUGAAAUAACUGAUAUUUUGACGAUGCUGGGCUAUUCCUCGGUUGCUGCUAUGAAGAAUCUACAUAUAAUAAUAAAAAAUACAAAAGAUCCAAAUAGAUUAUUGCAAAAGCUUCACAAUUGUCAUAAGGCAUUUUUCACUAUGUCGCUUGAUUGCAAAGAAACUGUAUUUUUGGAAUCUUAUAUUAACUUGCUAGAAUGGCAGAUAAUGAUCAAAAAAAAGGACAAUAAUGAACUCCUGUUGAAUUCUUCUGUUCUGGAAUCUCUGCGUUAUGCGUGCAAAUACCAUUGCGAUACACCAGAAAAUUUUGUUAUAAUAUCGCCCAUAACGCUCUCUCGAGACCAUAAUAUUUCUCCCAAACUGUAUCAAAAAGUCGCUUUACAAGUUAAAGCUGCCUGUGGUAGAUGGGAUGAUAUUGAUCGUUUACUUUUAACAAAAGGAAUACUUGGUAAUACAAAGUUACAAACAUAUUUAUAUAUAGAAGAUAUUUUGAAAGUAUUAUAUCAACAUAACGCGCCUCAUGUCAUUCUUGAAAAAUAUCUGAAAUUUGUUGAUAAUUUAGAAAAGCGAUUGGAAUUGGCAAAAAAAUUAUUUUGCCACAUAAUAGUAAUUGAUAUAUUUGUACAACAAGGAGAUCGUGCAAUGCUAAUAGAUUAUAAAGCAAAAUUACAACCUCAAUCAGAAGAAUAUUUUUAUGUUGAAAGCGCUUUGCGUUUGCCAAACAUUAAAUGGAAGAAUUAAACUUAUUGUAAUGAUGAAAAAUUUAUAUUCUAUUAAAUAUAUUCUAUUUUCAAUUAUGGAAAAUUAAAAACGUGCGCGCGCGCGCGCACACACACACACACAACAAAAUUUCAGAGUUAUAUAACUAAUAAAUUACACAUCUUAUAAACGAUUUGUGUUAUUUUUUUCUAGAAUUUAUAUCGGAUAUUAAAAAUAUAUAUCUUUCAACACGUUUUGAAAUGCGGAAAGCAUACGAUCAUCAAGCCAAAUAAAUUCACAUAUAAACAAGAAUAAGACAAAGUCCUGUAAAUAUAGAAUCUCACUAAAUUCAAUGAAGUUGUAUAGCGCUGAUAUUUUAAUUUUGCUGAAAUAAUGACAGUUAUAUAAUUUUUUAAACUAUUAGAGAUAAUUUUGUUAUUUAAUAUGGAAAGAUUAUGAUAGCUAUUAUAUAAAUAACAUUAUAUUUAUUAUAAAGGCUUUAUAGCAAAAUGUCCGAUUUGUGA